CGUUCGCAUGGAUAUUGCGGCAAUUAUUGCGAGACGCUCUAAUUCAAGUCCGGGAAACAAUUCUAUAGCAACAGAAAAACAGCGGAUAAAUCUUACAGGAUUAAGCUAUGUUAAAAUAUAAUUCUAAAGAACAGGCCAAGCAACAAACGAUAAGAUCCCUUGAAAUCAUCGUGGUUAAUUAAGAAAUAACCACCACUGAGGUAUUUUUGUUGGCCAUCGUAUGACAGAUUUCACCACAUAAAGAAGUAUCGUUGGGCUUCGGCUAUACAUCUGGGAAAACAAAACAGUUAUUUAUUAAAAUUGGAUGAUAAAUCAUACGGAUUUACAUAUUUAUAAAAUGGAGAACUGUGAUGAAUAUAACGAUUUGUACGGUCAAGAUGGAAUUAAAAAUCGAAGAAGAUGAUAAUUGGAAGUGUUUAACCUGGGAUUCUUUCAGACCACGAUAUCGACGUUAAAAUGUUGCAUAAAGGUAGAUUGGAUUAACAGUCAUAACCGUGUUGUUGUAUAUUGGAAUUAUCAUACAUUACUGAGCAAAUAUAAAUGGCGUUAACUGCAACGUUUUAUAAAGAGAAGCAGCUGUUAAAACAAUGGACGUUAUAGUUAACAUUAAGGUAUUAUAAGCAGCUAAAAUGACAUAUCAUAAAUAUGAUUUUACGAAACUAUUUGUUCGUGCAUUAUUCCAAACCCCAAAAACGUGAAAGGUCACGUGGUCAAGGGUAGUGUUCCCAUGGUGAUGGCCCGAGGGAGCGGGUGUUGUGUGAUUUUACACCUACGUGAAGACAAUGCCAGAUUCAUACUGCUUGCCCUAGUAAUGGUCAUCUAUAUGCUCUCAGGGGCAGCCCUGUUUAUGUUCUUGGAGAGGGACAACGAAACAAGGGAACGCAAAGAGUACUAUGACCAAUACAAGCUCUUCCUUUCCCUCCACCCAAACAUAUCAAAAGAGUCUUUUGACAAGAUGCUUAAGCUUCACGCGGACGCCUAUACUGCUGGGUUGCUAGAGGACCGGAGGCAGAGAUGGGACUUUUCUGGUUCCUUUUACUUCGUCGGCACCGUUGUCUCAACCAUAGGGUUUGGUAUGACAACUCCCCGGACUCAGGCAGGCAAGAUUGUGCUCAUAUUCUACGGACUCUUGGGCUGUGCAGGCGCCAUUUUGUUUUUCAACUUGUUCCUAGAGCGUAUCAUCACAUUCUUAGCCUACAUCCUACGUGCAAUUCACAUACAGGAACUGAAGCGCAAGGGACUUAUGGGUAAAGAUGUGAAUAAAGAUAGCAAGGAUAGGCGGGAAUCGAACGCUUCGGGGGAUAGUUUGGACUCCUGGAAACCUUCCGUAUAUUGGGUAAUGCUCAUUCUCUUCCUUGGAGCACUAUUCAUCGCCUGCUGCGCAUCUGCUAUGUAUUAUCCUGUUGAGGAAUGGGACUAUUUUGACGCAAUGUAUUUCUGUUUUGUUACUUUUGCGACAAUAGGCUUUGGUGACUAUGUCGUAAGUCAAAGGAGCCAUUAUGAUAACGUUUAUCUCUAUCGACUAGGAAAUUUUCUAUUCAUUGUAAUAGGUUGCUGCUGUAUAUACAGUUUAUUCAAUGUGAUUUCUAUUGUUAUAAAACAAUUUUUAAAUUGGAUAAUACGGAAGCUUAAUUGUCGAUGCUAUGGGCCAGAUAAACCAAAGAAUGUAAAGACUCGUCCACGGAGGAAUGCCAUAACCCCAGGGCAUAUCGCUGCGGCAACUAAUGGCGCCGUAACUGAUGGCGAAUCAACAUAUGAUAGUGACACUGAACGCAGGGGAUCAGGGGAAAUGAUUUCUAUGAAAGAUUUCCUACAGGCGAACAAACUAUCACUGGCAAUGAUGCAGAAACAGUUGCAAGAGACUGCCCAACGAUCACACCAUCUUCAAAGACAUGACAGUGGCUUCCAAGGUGGAGUUGGCCCGCUAGCUAUACUCAAUAAAAAAUUAGGUCAUGAUGAUGUGUGACCGGGUUUGUGACAUUGCCAAUGUGACCAGUUCUGAUCAUAUAACUUCAAUGACACGACCAGAGAUAGACCACUCAAGUCAAAGGGAAAACUAGAAAUUUGAAUCACGUUUGGUCCAACAUACAUUUAAAUGUUCUUCCUGCCUAUGGCGUCUGGUUGAACGUGGGUGGUCAGUAUGAUGGAUCCAUUUGCAGUGUGGCCAACUAUGCAUUACCAUUGGUGCACUUUCCUUUAGAACUGCAGAUAUUCGUAAUAGUCUAGAAAUUGAAGCCUUACUUAAUGCAGUUUUGAAGAUUUUAAGAUUAAUAUUUGAUAUUUCAAUAAAGAUUAAUGGGUUAUUCUUAACAUACUUUCUUUCAAAAGUAAAACUGCAUAUAAUAUUCAAGUAUCGGUCUACAUUAGUUCUACUAAUAUAGGAACUACAAGUUUAAUUAGAUAUACUCGUAUAUCAAUGUAAAUAUGAAGAGUUACUUUGAUGCAAUCAUGAUGACGUAUGUGGAGUUCGAGUACCAUUGUUAGAAAACGUCAUUACAGAUUAAGGAUCAUUAAAGCAAUUAUUAAGUCACAUGUUGUGGCAUGUUGAUAAAUAUUUUUAUUUUGCUAUGGAUAUUCAAGAAUCUCUUCUUUCUCAGAGAUAACACUUUAAUUAGCAAAGCCAUAAAUGCCAUGAAUAAUGUUUUCACUGUUUGCAAUCGAACGUUGAUUUGUCUAUUACCGAUUUGCCAAAGCAAGGAGUGGUGGUAUGACCAAAUAUUUUCUCGAUAGGAAUUGGUUUAACAGCUCCUUGACUACUGGUUUGACUUACUGUUUUAAAUAUUUUGGUUUUAUACACAGUUUAUCAAAUUUAUAAAGAAACCUAUUGUGGACUACCAUAUAUUAACAUUAACUAUAGUGAGAAAGACAUUCAUUCUGGAUAAAUGUUUCAUAAUUUAUGACUCUUGACAGAUCACCCAGAUCGUAACACAUUACUAACUAUCUAAUACAUCUCUCGAUGUGCAUAUUCUCCUAAAUAUGCACUGUCGAAUCGAUCGUUUUUAAUUUAAGUAGGUCAAAGUGACAAUUUCUUCAUUAACAAUCACAGGCCCAGAACUGCAUAACAGUCGGUUGCAUCCUUCUUCAAAGGACUUCAUUUAUGCUUAAAUUCAGUAUAUACUUGUAAAAUACCCUUGCAGCAAGGAUGGUCGGUUGGUU